GCCCCCUCGUGUUGAUCAAAUGAGGUCAUACGGAAGUGAGCUUCAAAACAAAGUCUGGACAUGGUCUGAGACAGUGUCUUUGCGAGCUGCUCGUGCAAGUGGGAUUGUCUCUCCUCAAAAUGAGAACGGAUCAGAAGCUUUUCUGCCUUAAGUGCGUUCUCUCCAUCUUUCUGGUGAUCCUUUGGGUGCUGGGAAGUACAAUAUUUGGGGUGCUGCUAUGGCUUCGACUGGACUUCUGGACAAAUGAAUAUCUAGAGUUAAACAAUGAGCUGAACCGUUAUCUGAUCCUUCUGUAUGUCAGCCUUGUGGAUGGAGCGCUGAUCCUAGUCUUCUCGUUGUUUGGCCUUGUUGGGGGCCUAAAGACCAUCAAGUGGGCACUUGUGGUGUAUUUGACAGCAAUGUGCCUGGCGAUAGUCUUGACAAUAUCAGGAUCAGUGUAUGGAUUUGUGUACAGAGAAGAACUGCAAAACACAGUUGGCCGAAGUGACUUGAUAAAAAAUGUCAUUACCCAAGAUUACUCUAGUGAACCACUGAGGAAGGUCACACGUGCUGUCAACAUUAUGCAAUCAGAGUUGCAAUGCUGUGGUGGUGAUGAUCCUCGGGACUACAUUGACUCCAACUGGGCUCAAAGCAAUCAUGAGAACUCCCCAAUAAAAUAUGCACCUCCUUCUUGCUGCAAAGAUUACCUGCGCUAUGAGAAGGAAAUGACAAGCUGCCCCAUCUAUGUUUUAAAUACUGAUUCUAGUGGAGAGCAGAAUCUCAAUCCUGGCAUCUAUACUGAAGGCUGUAAGACAGCUUUGAGCAGAUUCUUCGAAAAGUAUGUCAUUGUGGUUGCUGGUGUUGUUAUAACCAUCGGGAUACUUCAGCUGGUGUGCAUCAUCGUGACAUCCAUUCUUAUUCAUGUGUUGAACAACCUAUAUGUGCCGCAACCAGACGACAUUGUUUAUGACAUGGCCCGCAACCAAGAGAAGUCACCAUAUCCUUCACGGGGUGACUACUACAGAUAGACAGGGCCUGUUGUCACCAUCGACUCACAAGGUGUAUUCCUUUAUUUCACCAUCAGUCACCAAGGGAACUGGGCUGUAUUAAAUAUGAUUGAUGCAAUACCAUUAAGACUGUUCAUCAGCCACUUUUGAUGGCACUUAACCUUGAAACAUGAUGGUGUUAAUUAUGUCCACCUUUUUGCCUCAUCACUUGACAGUCAUUGGAUUUUGUGUCUUGGGGUCAGUGACUGUGGCUUAGUGUGUGUCCUGGCAGCUUACCUGCUCAAGUCAAGAUUUUUUUUUUUUAAGGAUACAAAGAAUUGAGGGCUGAUAAUUUUUGAGCUGUUCAGAUAAAAUAACCCAGCAAUCUUUGUCCUUUACAAAAAAGGAAAAGAAUGUUAUUUAGGAAAAGGUUCUUCAGUUAACAGACAGUAAAAGUUUAAGUAAAUUAGGUCUAUUUCUGACAGUAAAAUUUUUAUAUAAAAGACUACUACUAGAAUUUUGAUUAGUGCAACAUGUUUGAAAAAAGUUUUCUGCCAAUGUGAGACUGGGGUGUGUGAAAUUGUACUUUUGAAUGUAGUCAAAUCAAUAAUUCUUUUUCCUUUAUUAUAAUUUUAAUGUGGAAUUCCAUACGUAAGACAUCUGAAUAUAGGUUUUGUAGAUGUGAUGAUGUUGGUCACCUAUUGGUGUCAGUCUUACCUCUUUCUCUAUUUAGGAGCUUAAAAUCUGACAUAUAGGAUACACCUACACACAACUCCAUCAGCAUGCAUUUAUUACAUGCUUGAAUUAAUGAAGAGAGGCAACCAAUUUUUUUUCCUUUUAUUGUUUAUAUACAUCUGCUCUGACUGAUAUAUUUUAGACACAUAUUCUUAAAGAGGAAAGCUUCAGAAGCAGAGUUGGAAGAUGUUCGUGACUUACAGUGGAAUAUAGAAGGGAAUGUAUUUAAAAUAUCCAUUUUCCUUUUUCUCCUCCAACCAUCACUAUUUGUUGUUUCACAGAUUAAAGACAAUCUGGAUAUGUUUCAUUAGGCAACAGUGUUAUCAGUUAUGUACACAGUAUUCUCCUUGAUGCCUAUUGGGCUGUUUUGCUGUAUGCUUUUAAAAGGAUUUUUUCAACAUUUGAAAAAAAAAAAGCAGAAAUUGGAUGAUUUACAUUUUACCCUUGAAUGUAAUGCAGUUCAUGCAGCUACAGUAUAUUUACACACUAGCUUUGGUUGUCACCUGAAGUGGGUAUGUGUAUUACAUAAGCCUGUGGCAGUCUCUGUUGCGCAGUUAAUUAUACAUCCAGUGUAUUUGAGCUCUUUUGCUUAUUUGCAAGUAUUUACAAUGAAACUUGGGGCAGUAAAGGCUUAAGGAAGAAAACGCUUCUUGUUCCAGAACUGUCAAAGCUGCAUUGAAAUGUGAAUUAGUCAAUAUACAAUCUGGCCAAACAAAAACCAGAUGGAAACAAUGGAAAAUGAAAAAUGUAUUAUGCCAGAACUUCUGUCAGCAGUUCCACAAAGAUAGGGGGUGGAGAAAUUUCAAAAUGCCUUCAUCUGUCAGACAAAUGAUGAAAACAUGAGGUACAUCAUUGUGUUAGAGACAUAACUUUCAUGGCAGCUUUUUCAACAUUGUAAGUUAUGAUUCAGACAAUGAAAAGGUGGCCAGCAGGUGUCUUAUUCCAUCCAUCUGUGACGCAGAGUAUCAAAUAAUGUAUUUCAACGUAAGUGUUGAAGAUAGUAUUUUUAUGGCCAACUUAUUUCAACAGGUUCAACUGUAUGCAGUUGAAGUUUUAAAUUUGUAUUGUUGGUGUUUGUUUUGCUAUGCCAGUGUGUUUUAAUUUUGCUUUACACUAUCGAAAGUUGUAAACAGUAAGUAACUUUCAGCAUAUGGAGGAAUGGCAUUAUUUUUUAAAGAAACCUUUCUGAAGCAGUUAAAAUAUCAGAAAUACAUGCAUGUAACUGCCUGGGUUGUGGUUUGAACAGAUUCUUACUGCAUUGUCUUAGAACUUCAAUCCUUAAAAUUUAUAUAUAUCAAAUAAAAUACGAAUAAAGAAAGAACAAGUUUUAGAAGGCAUCAGUGGGCUAUUCUUAUAUCACCAAAUGCUGCUUGACAUUUGCAAACAGAUAUGUGUCUUGGCAUUUUUAAGAUAGUGGUGUCUUAAAUUAUGCCUACUGUGAUGUUUUGGAUCAAGUCUUUUGCAAAUUAAUUUUUGUGGUCAGUAAUUAUUAGCUAGCUGGAAAUAAAGUGAGUUAGCAGUGCAAAUGUCUUAUUGUGACAAAAGCUGUAGCACUAAACUGCAGCUCUCAUGCCUUGAUCACAACUUUUAUUCACAAAUGUGGGAGCUUGCUGAUGUGCUUAGGGCAGUUUGCAAGAUGAUUUUGUUUAAAUCUCCAUUAAUGGAUUUCAAGUGAAAAAUAUCUACCGAGGGUUGUAGUUCCAUAAUUGUAGGUUGUGAUUCAGUACAAGAGGACCAGUCAAGUUUAAGCAUUCAUAUGUUGUUGAAAUCAAAGAUAUUACUUUUCACUUUUGGCAAGAGUGUACAGUUUUUAUAACUUUUGUCUGUUAUGUGAAAGGAAGAUAAAGGAGUUUGACUAAAUGUGACAGACACCAGAAAAGACAGGCUAGCCCCAAACUAGAGGAUAGCUUUGUCAAAGAAAUGAGUGAUAAGACCCUAAGAUAAACAUAGAGUAGAAUGACUGUUUAAUUUUAACUUUCAUUAUGUACAGGAUAUUUGUGCAGUUGAUUCUUGGCUUGUGCUUAUUCACUGUGUGUGUGUGUGUGUGCGUGCGGAUGUGUGUGCUUUUGUGUGCACAAGCUUGUAUUUCCAGCUUCCUUUUUUUGGAGGUUUAGAAAUUGGUGGGGAGUCGAAUUAAAAUAAUGAGCUUUAUCUGUUGUUUGUCACCUCAAUGACUUCCUUUUAUUUAAAAUAUGACUUUUCUUUUAUUACUGAAUUGAUUUUUUUUUAUAUCUCGCCUAUUACAAUUAUGGUGGUAGAGAAAUCUGUCUGCAUUUUCUGGUGUUGGAGCUGUUUGAGUGAGCACCAGUUGGUUCCUGUAAAGAAAUCUAGAAUGAACUGUUGGUUUCUUGCAAUUAGUUGUGUCACAGUGCAUAGAGCUGAAGAGCAUAAAAUGCAGAAUUUCCAUCCUUAUUUACCAAUAGAUUUUUUUUCGUUUUGUUGCCAUUUAGCUUGCAUUCCACCCUUUCUCUUUCACCAUUUCCUUGUUUGCCUGAGAUGCUUAUACAAAAUAAUGUGUUUUAUUUACAUGUAUUUUGAAUUCAUGUUGAAUACCUAUCUUCAUGUUCAGAGAUUUUCUAUUUUAGUUGCAAAUUUGUUGCUUUUUUUUUUCCCAGAAGCAGUUAAGUGCUUUUACUUGUCUAUUUGUGCUUUUUAAUAAUGCUAUUUUUUUUUUUUUUUGCAUUGCCUAACAAACUUUGUACAUUUUAGCAUAUACCACUGAAGUCAUUUGUAUAUUUUUUCUGCUAGAAAAUGUUGUCAUUUUGAAUUUUUCCAAAAUUUUGUCUUUGUAUGACAGUGUGUGGAUGUUGGAUUUUCCUCAUAAUAUUUCUACUUGCUUUUGAAUGUUUUCUGAUAAUUGGAAUAUUUUUGUAGCCUGUCAUUUUGAUUGAACAGUGGUCACUGGAUGUCAUUCUCAUGUUUCUUGCAAGUACAUAUCUUAUAUUUCUUCUGAAAUGUGGAGUGGUGUAUAUAAUCUGAGACUUCACAGGUACAGUUGAGAAUUUGAGGGAAAAAAAAGACAAUUCUUUUGUGGGGAAGGUUGGGGGAAAGAUAGUUUUAGUGUUAGAAAGAAAAAUAUGUAAGCAUAAGAAUUAAAAAUUGAAUGUCUACAAGUUUACAUGGUGCUUAAUACACUAAUCAUCUUGGUGGUGGGUUCACCCACCCCAUCACAACUUACCAAUCUCCUGUUGAAACUGCACUUUAAUACCUUUGCUACUUGCAUGAAUUUUUAAUAUUUCCUUAUCAGGCAAUAGUCUGAGAAAAAUAGAAAUUACACAAGAAAGGAUAAACAGAUGGAAAGUGACGAGAUGAAGCAUUGCUUUAACAUUGUGUGAAUCACAGUAGUGACUUUAAUGUUGCAAUUUUCAGAUGAAGGUAUAGUUUUCUUUUCUUCUAUUCUAGAUAAGUAUGGAAAUCCUUUGUAAGCUGACUAGGCAUUAAACAAAGUAGUAGAUUAAAAGCUUCAUAAACAAAUAGGUUACACAGGGUUGCAUCACUUAUGUCCUGUCUUUAGGCAUUAAAGUUUUUGGUUUUCAUUUUGCUGAAAGAGCGCUGAAAAUCUUGUAGGCUUUGGAUAAUACCUUGUGCAGUGAGUAAUUUUUUUUUAAAUGCAUGAAAAUAGAUGAAUUUCUUAAAAUGGUAUAUUCAUUCUAGACAAUUUAAGCUUAGAGGCUAAACACAUGCUAAAUAACAACCUGGCUUCCAUUCUGUAUGCAAUGGCAAAAUGCAGUUUCUUUUUUAAUUUUCUUAGCUGUGUUAACAACACUUUGUUUUGUCACAACACUUUUUAGGAGAAAUAGGGCCAGGGUCAAACGUCAUAUGUUGUAAAAGUCAAGAUUCAAAAGCGUCUCUCUCACACUUACCAUUUCUUCUCUUUAAGCCUGUCUACAAGCCCUAAUGCACUUGUAACACUAAAAGCAGUGUUAAAUCAGUUGAAUGUUUAUUCUUUCCAGGAAACUUGGUUCUAUGCAUAGUAUCAUAUUAAGGAGUUGACAGUUUCUGGCUUUUUUUAGGGGAGUUAUUUGUUGCUGUUUGUCUAAUAAGCAUUUUAGCAGAGAUGAGUUAGAUGCAAUGAACUUUGACACAUAAUUUUAUUAAAAGAUUGAAAGUUUAAAAUUCCAUUAGUCUGAGGGUGACUAUGUAUAAAUGAUAUUAGCAUGCCAUGUUUUUCCAAUUUUUUAAACAUUUAUAACAGAGAUGCUCAUUUAUCCAGAAGGGAGAUAUUGUCCUGUAAAUACAAUUUCAGCUCAUUUUUCCUGCCAGCCUCAUCGCUCACUACACUUUAUGGCAGAAUGUUCCCCCAAAGUUACCCCUGGGGAAUGGGAUAGCCAAGUGGUGAAAGAGAAGUUGCAUCUGAACCCAGAGGCAGCAAAUUUCCCCAGCUGUCAGAAAUGGGAAUCUGAAUUCAUGAAGGUAAGGCAGUGAGGGAGAGGAAAUAGGCAUCACCUUCAUUAAAAGCUAGCCCCAAGAAAAGUGUUGUCUCCAGCAGCUUGCUCUUCAACCACAUAAAGGUUAAGAAGUAUUUUUACCUUCACCUUUUUCACUUGAGGUUACCCCUAGUUAUAUAUUACAUACCAUCACAUACAUUACCAUUCUCACCCAGCAUUUGUGCUGGAUAGUAGUGGCAAUAUGAAGAGUUGUAACUGCUAAUGUUUUCAGAAAUGGCCUCAGGGUUUCACUAGUUAACAAAUGAGCAUUUCUUUAAAUUGUUAGGUUUCUAAAAAUAUUUAGAUUUUUCCAUGUUUUUCUGAACACUUGUAUUUUUGCUGUUUGUGUGUACAUGUUAGUUUUGGAUGGGCAAGGAAAUAAUUGUAAUAUAUUACAUUUGUGCAAACAAAAUUGCUCAUGUGAAGUAACCUGUAUCCUAAGCUAUUGCAGUAGAAUUUUAUACCAAACAUGCUCAUUUAUUCUUCAUCCAUUCAAAGGCUUAAUGGGCCGCAAUGAGGUUUUUAUGGAAUAUUUAAUGAACUAGGUUUUGUUUGACAUUGAUCGGUUCUUUUCUGACAGUAUUAAUUAUGCACUAGAAUUUAAGAAACUGUUCAAUAUGUUUAAUUUUCUUUUGAAAAGUUGCUUUCAGUGAUAAACAUUAAGUGCAGAUUGUUUUUUUUUAAUUUAUUUUUUGGUAUAUUUUUAUUGGUCUUGGAGUUUUUUUUUUUUUUUUUACUUAUAUUCUCUUAUUUAAAAUUCUACCACCUUUUUCUAUUUUUUGUUUAGCUGCUCUCUAAGCCAAUCAGUAGUGCUUUUUUGUAUUUAAUUUGUUUAAUAAUUGCAGACACUUAUUAUGCGGGUCAUUUGUGUUUAUUUUUCAUAAUUAAUUAUUAUGCUUUUGUUGGCAUUUUUACAUAUAUAGUUUUCAGUUUUAGUUGUAGAAGACGUUUUUAAAACUGAACGUUUGGCAUUGUACAUACAAGAAACAAUGAGAAAGAAUUUUGUCAGUGUUGGUGAAUGUCUUUUCAUUAUUAAGGAGAACAAAAAGCAAUGGAGGCUGUCCGUGUUGUUCACUUUGUUCCAAUUUUUGAUGUUUUAGACACCAGUUGCCAAGUUGGCAGAAAGCAUUGUCAGCUUUGGUACUGAUUAAAUGAGUAUUGUCAGUCA